AUGAGGUCGACGCGCCUCGGGAGCCUGCGCGCACCUCUCACUGCGUUGUUUCUCGCCGUCGUGUGUGCAAGCGUUGUUCCCGCACAGUCUCGACCAGUCAUGGUGGGAGGCAGGUUGUCGACCAACCAAGCAGUCAGCCCGUGGGGAUUGGGGGUUAGCGACUGGUCACCGCCUGCUGUGAGGCCAGGAGACCUCCUCGUGUUCAGAUGGUUUGGAGAAACCCAUGAUGUGCAAAAGUUUGGCGACCCAGUAACCUACGGCCUCUGCAGCUUCUUCAACACGAAACAAAUAUCGCCUGCCCGCCCUGUUGGGGUGAGGACGUACAAAGUUAAGGCUAAUGACAAGGGCAGGACCCUUCACUUCUCAAGCAGCGUGGGAAGUGAUUGUGCAAAUGGGGUUAAAGUUGCCAUACGUGUAAGGUAG